AAUGAAGAAGAGAAUAUGAGCACUGCCAUCGCCCGUCCUCGGUCCUCACGCGCUGCUUUCCUUUCCUCUGGUAUCUACUCCUGCCUUUCUCCGUCUCCGACGCCCCUUGCUAAGGGCGUUAGUGGUUCUGCUGAUAUCUCCGCUCCGAUCGCCCUCGUUGCCGACGUUAUCAACAUGGCCAAUGCAGUAUCAGGAAUGGCUGUGAAUGAUGACUGCAAGUUGAAGUUUUUGGAAUUGAAGGCAAAGCGGACUUACCGUUUCAUAAUCUAUAAGAUCGAUGAAAAGCAGAAGGAGGUCCUUGUGGAGAAGCUUGGCGAACCCAACUUGACCUAUGAUGAUUUUACUGCCAGCCUUCCUGCAAAUGAAUGUAGAUAUGCAAUAUAUGAUUUUGACUUUGUCACUGAAGAGAACUGUCAGAAGAGCAAAAUCUUUUUUAUUGCCUGGUCUCCUGACACCUCGAGGGUGAGAAGCAAGAUGCUUUAUGCAAGCUCCAAAGAGAGGUUCAAGAGAGAACUUGACGGUAUCCAGGUCGAGCUACAAGCAACUGAUCCGACUGAGAUGGGGCUUGAUGUCAUAAAAGGUCGUGCUAAUUGAGCAUGUGGGGGCGUCCCACGACUUUUACCCUGUGAACUUGUUCUAUUAUUUUGUGUGAUUCUGCUGGAAUGUUCAUACUCCAAGGGAAGAUUAGUUCCCUAGAUAUCAUGUGAGCUUGUGGUUGGCAUUGCUAAAAUGAAACCUUCAAAGUAUCUUCCGUUUCUACCUCAGUGUUUAUGUAUUAUUAUGUACGUGGUACUCAUGCCAUUAGCUUCAAAUCGUGUUCUUGUGUCUAAAAA